AUGACAGCUACACCUCAGAACGGGACUGGCAAAACUAUUAAGCUUAGCCCUAGGACCAAAGAACUGCUCGAUAUCGACGACAAACAUUCAGCGGGCGGCGUGUUCCCUCUUCCAGUGUUUAUCAAGAGCGGCAAGGGCUCAAUCUUAAAGGAUGCCGACGACAAGGAGAUUCUAGACUUCCUCUGUAUGAUGAGUGCCACCAAUCUAGGCCACUGCCAUCCCGAACUCGUGAAAGCAGUGACAGCAUCGAUGAAUACCAUUACAUUGGCCAACCUCGCCACUAAGGUAGGGGACUGGGCCGAGUUUGCCAGAGACAUGUGUCAGCGGUUCGGAUAUGACAAGAUGGUUGGAAUGGUCUCUGGGACGGAAGGUGCCGAUGCGGCUGUGAAGUUUGCGCGCAAAUGGGGGAUCAAGGUCAAGGGUAUCGAGCCCAGCGAGGUGCUUGUCCUUGGAGUGUCGGACAACUACCAUGGAGUCGGCUCGGGUAUCUGGCCCAUAAUGAAUGAUAUGGGUCAGGCGUCGGACUACGGUAUCAGCAAUCCAAACCUCAGAAAUACAGACCCUGAAACAGGGAAUCUGUUACGCUAUGGGCAUCUGGAAGAUUUUGAGAAGGUCAUUGCCUCCCAACACCAGCGCCUAGCUGCAGUGAUCAUGGAGUGCAUCCACGGAAAGCGGCCCACAUUCGAAGAGGAACUCAACUUCGCCAUUGGCGUACGUCAACUGUGCAAGAAAUACAACGUCCUGUUCAUUGCCGACGAGGUCCGCAUGGGAUCAGGAAAGACAGGCAAGUUCCUCUGUUCCGACUGGAUGGGACCAGAAAACAAACCCGACAUGGUCAUCAUGGGCAAGUCAAUCACAGGCGGAGCCUACCCCGCCUCAUACAUCUUGGGCCGAGACGAGGUCAUGGAUCUUAUUGGUGGCUACGAGUCUGUCGCGACGUUUGGCAUGGCACCGGCGGCCAUCGCAGCCACCCGCGCAACGCUCAAGAUCAUGGAUGAGGAGAAGCUCGUGGAUAGGGCAACAUGGAUUAGUGAUGUCUGGAGGAAGGAGACGGCAGACUGGAAGUUUCCCUUGUUGGACUACCAGGCGAUUCGGGAUGCUGUGCCUGAAGGUCUCCUAACCUACCCCGAUGGCAAUCGCAUCAGAAUGGGUGUGGCGUUGAAUAUUUCUGAAGAGGAACUUCGCAGGGGUAUUGCCAUCCUGAAGGAAGCGCUCACUGAGCUGGACGACUACUAUGAGAUUGAGACUGGUCCGCCUAUGAAGGGGAUCAUUCCUGACAUGUAA